ACACACUUCCUCUAGCUGGCACCACCAUGGCUAGCGCAAGCUAAAUUGUGUACUUCACGUACAAUGUCGUUAGACAUAAAGAGGAGCGUUAGUGCGGUCGCUACAUAGUUUUUUUUUUAAAACAUCCUUCCAAAGCUUAUACGCAAUUUUUCAACUGUGCAGCAGUGGCUAUUCUUUUCAGAAAUGGACAACCGACUGUUAGCUACCAAGCUAAUGUAGCAACAUAACGUUCAGAUUCAUUGCUAGCUAAGUUAGCUAGUCGACCUGAGGAUAUACUGUACACGCUGACAGAUAACAUGGCAGAGUCAUCGCCGUUAUCAGGGGUUAAUGUUGUCCUCGUUAUGGCCUAUGGAAGCUUGGUGUUUGUGCUUCUGUUUAUCUUCGUCAAAAGGCAGAUCAUGCGUUUUGCAAUGAGAUCCCGCCGAGGACCCCAUGCUCCUAUUGGCCACAAUGCACCCAAGGGUUUGAGGGAGGAAAUUGACUCCAGACUGUCGAAGGUCCAGGACAUCCGCUUCGAACCUCGUCUCCUAUCAGAGGACGACGAUAGGCUGAAGCAAGGAUCACAGAUCAGUUGCUACAACUACCUGUACAGGAUGCAAGCUCUGGAUGCCAUCCGUGACUCAGGAAUUCCUCUGCAGGAGAUAAGCCGCUGUCCCAGCGCGUUUACUGGACGCAGCUUCAGGAACUGGCUGCUGGAGUUGCGCAACUCCCACUCUCUGAUCAAAAGCAGCCGCAGCGCGCUUAUUGACCGUUUACUUGAAGGCUAUGAUAGCGCUCGCCACGGGACAGGGGUGUUUGGGGAAGCUGAGUUUCUUGAUUACCAGCGGGCUCUCAACGAACUGGCUGAUGUGGUGAAAGCCUACUCCAGCACCACCAGCCUGGACCAGCAUCACCAGUCGGCAGCCAAGGACCUGACAGGCUCUCCUGUCCGGAGCACUCCCUCCACCAUCCAGGUCACCUACCUGCCCUCCACUGGCCAGCGCAGCAAGAGGCCCAAACACUUUCUGGAGCUCAAGAGUUUCAAAGACAACUACAACACACUGGAGAGCACACUGUGAGAGACUGCUGCUAUGGACCGCCUGGCACAAAAUGUGUGUGUGAUGUGUGUGAGUGCAAAAUGGUUACACAGAGUACCAGCAAAAGAAAAGUUGUAAGAUUUUGCUUGUUUUCAAGCUGAGCUUUAAAAUUGUACAAAUUCAGCUGGGAAAGCUUCUCCCUAAAGUCAGUUACAGAACAUUUUCGGGUUAUCUCAUUAUGUAGAUUAGUGGUUUUCAAAUUGUGGAGUGGGGGACAUAAACUUUUUCGGCUUCUGAAGGGAGGGGCAUAACAGAAAAAGUUUGAGAACCACUGAUGUAGAAAAAGAAAUGUCUCAUUUUUUAACAGUUGUUAAAGUCUUGCAGUCACAAGAUUUAUUCUGUCAUAUUGGUGAAACUUUUAUGUGCAUGUGUUACACUCAGCGCCUUUGUUCUUAUGUUGGACCUGAUGAGUGUGUUCAGAGGACAAAUACGAUUGUAGCCAACCUGGCAAACUACAAAGUUCAUGGAAAAUCACCUGCAUUUGUUUUUAUUUUUCCCAAAAGUCCAAAUGUAAAUAAGAGUGCACCUUUUGAUUUACUGUUUGUACAGAUGUAAGAUAUUUAUACAGCCAUUGAUAACUUAUUUAAUUAAUAUCGUGUGAUUUGUAUUUAUGUGAGCUUGUACAUUUUUGUGGCGUGAGAUAAAAGCUUUUCAACCCA